GUGAAGCUUCAGAGUACCUCUAGGGGUUCAUGUACCCCUGGUUGAAAAUCCCUGGGUUAAUCAGUUGAUUGUCAGUUGUAUACCAAAAUUAUUUAUUAUUAUUAUUACUAAAUUUAUAUCCCGCUCUUCCUCCAAGGAGCCCAGAGCGGUGUACUACAUACUUGAGUUUCUCUUUCACAACAACCCUGUGAAGUAGGUUAGGCUGAGAGAGAAGUGACUAGCCUAGAGUCACCCAGCUAGUUUCAUGGCUGAAUGGGGAUUUGAACUCGGGUCUCCCCAGUCCUAGUCCAGCACUCUAACCACUACACCACGCUAGCUAGCCAAACUCAUUUUAUAUGGUCCUUGCUGAAAAAUCAAAGCAUGUCCCACCUGUAUUUUAGCCUUUGCUCUAAUCUGCCUUUUCAAUGCCAAUAGUGUUGUAUGGCAACCACACAUAACAUAAAUCAUGCUUUUAGAGUUGUGGAAACAUCUGUAAGGCUUGAAGAUGUGCAGAACAGUAACAAAUGUGCUUUUCUUGUAGAACAUACACAUACAGUACUAGCUGGCAUCCAGAUUAUGCUACUCAUGAGUAGUCCCAAUACAAUGAAUGAGACCGGUUAUACUGGAUUUAUCUUCAUUUAUGGGAUCUUAAAACUCCUCCUGGAACCCCAUGGCACAUCUGCUCUGAUGUGGCACAAAAUUGGGUUGAUCAUGAAGUAGCAAAGUUCACAGAUUACUGAAUUAUUAAAGAUGGUAAAAUCCUGAGCAGGCUCAAGUGUUCAAAAACUAUUUCACUAAACCAGAUGAAUAGGUAAGAGAAUGGCAUUAGAAGAUAGGUGUAUGUGAUGGCUUUCACGUUGGCUGUGCCCAGGAAUGAGAUCUUGAGACCAGACUGAAAGUUUACUAAUAAUAUCUUCAUUUAGGCGUUAUUGCACGAGUGUACAGGUGUCUGUGAAAAUGGCUGUAUGUACAUUAAUUUAAAAAAUGAACCUCGAUAUAGGCCUCCAAAUAUGCAGAAUACAAUUAAGAAGUAUACUACUGUACAUGUAUUGAACAUAACACAGUUUUUAGAAAGCGUGUGAAAUUUUGGCUUUUUACCCAGGCUUUUAUAUGAUUGCUGCUGAUUUGUAUCUUUUAUGGUUAUAUUGUGCUUGUUUUUUAAUCUUUUGAUCAGAUCUGUAUUUUUAUAUUCUAGCUGAUAUUUUAACUGUGUAAUUUUUGUAGUCUUAACUUUUGUGUAAACCACCUUGAGAUAGCUUUAAUGAAAGGCGGUAUAGACAUUUAACAAUAAAUAAAUAAAUAAAAUAAACAUGUGAAUGGGGCUAAUGUCAACUCAAUGUACUGUACUGCAGUAGUGAAAAAAUAACCUCUGCUAACUGGGGUUUUGGUGAGUUGAGUGUCUAGCAGAGCUAUUACCAUUAGCCACACAUUAUUCAAAUUCAGAACUGAAGAACACAAGUGUAAAUGAAUCCAGUUUUCAAGGCUGUGCAAGACUGCCCUUGGUUGGUGCAUUAAACUUGUGUGUUUCAAGCAGGAGGGUUGGAAUUUGUCAUGCAGAGGUACUACUGUCCUCAGAAGUACUAUCCACAGAUCUCUGGAGCUCUGCCUGAAGUUAAAGAUGAUGUUGUAUGGCAAGAACUGCUUUGAGGAAGGGCAAUAACGAGAGAGAGAGAGAGAGAGAGAGAGAGACUACUGGGAGUAGUUUUGCUGAAAUAUAGUUUAUUAUUUAAUAAUCUAAAAUAUUGGUAUUGAAUUCCCUUGGAUUUGGCAACAGGCUUAAUAGCUGUUCCACAGCAGUAGCUUGCAUUUUCUGUUCCCCUGUCAAAUAGCUCACAUGCUGCACUCCUUUCACUUUUGGGGGGGAAAAUAAUUUGCCUGUUCCUAGUUUCUUGAUGUUUUUUGGAACAUGCUGUUGAUUGAAAGAUGGAAGCUUGGUUGGUGGAGUUAAUUAUAUACUGAGUUGCCUCAUACAAGUCAUAUUUGACAAGCUUGUGAAAGCCAGCCUUGACUGAGGACACUGGAGAGACGUGUGCAAAGAUUUAGUGUGGAAUGCCAUUUCUCAUUGAGUUGCAGGGAUGACAAUUGGUGGGAAAUAUUUAAACCUGUUUGUAAGUGUAUACUGCCAAGCACACUCACUGCUACCAGUUACGAAAAAGACAAGGGGGAGAGUUAAUAGAACUCUCUCGCUAUACUUUACUAUGCUGCUGUAGAAAUAGUGGGGGAAAUUGUUGCAGUUUCAUACCAAAUAGCAUCUUGCAAAUGCUUUCUUUUGGAUUUUCAGUAUUUUACAUUUGUUAAGGUGAUGGAACUAAAAAAAGAGAGGCCUUUGAGAGAGAGCCAAUCCUCACUUGCAACUAUAAACCACAAAAACAUUACUCUGGUGUCUUUCUCCAAACAGCAAUCCUCUGAAAAGCUACCUGUACAGGAAGAUGGUUUAUUUCACAAGCCAAGAACUCUUGUGAAAACAAGCAGUCUGUCUUGGGAAGGGGAGAAGGUUUCCUGCUGUAACUUACCAGAAGUUCAAGAAAGCGGUGGCAGACAGGUUGUAUUUGGACACCCUUCUCCUGCCUGCAUAGCAGCAUCAGCAAUGAAGCACAAACUUGCCUUUGACAACCUUAGCUUUGAGGAGGACCCAGAAUAUUCACCCUCUCUUCAUUCUCAAGUGGACACAAUUACACUCAGUAUUUUGGGUAUCACUUGCCAAGCCUGUGUAGAUUCCAUAGAGGGCAGAAUUUCCAAGGUAAAAGGAAUUGUGAACAUCAAGGCUUCUCUCGAGCAAAGCAAUGCUGUGAUAAAAUAUCUAGGAUUGGAAAUAAGUCCCCAUCAGAUCUGCCAGGAAAUCAAAGACAUGGGAUUUGAUGCCAGCAUUGUGGAUGCAACACAGUUAUCAGGGAAAUGGACCAGUGAAGCUCUGGUUAAGAUCAAAAUAGAAGGCAUGACCUGUCAGUCUUGUGUCAAUACAAUUGAAGGAAAGAUUGGAAAACUACAUGGUGUGAAGAAAAUCAAAGUAGUCCUUGGCAGCCAAGAAGCCAUCAUUGUUUAUCAUCCAUAUGUAAUUAAGCCUGAGGAGUUAAAGAAUAAUAUAGACAGUUUGGGAUAUGAAAGCACUAUUAAGCUUAAGCAAGCCACACUGAAACUUGGCUUAAUUGACACAGAACGCUUACGGCAGAUCAGCACAAGAAUGCCAGGUGGGCUUGGUGGUGAUGGAGAUACCAUGGAGAACAGUGUAAACAGAGCAUCUGUUGUAGUGCUGGGUGUGGAAGGAAUGCACUGCGAAUCCUGUGUCAACAACAUUGAAAGAUCCAUCUCUGAUUUGCCUGGGGUGCAGGGUAUUCAAGUGUCCCUGGAACAAAAAAGUGUUACUGUGUGGUUCCAUCAGAACCUGAUCACCCCAUCCUCCUUGCAACAAGCCAUCCAAGCCCUUCCUCCUGGUAACUUUAAAGUAUCCCUUUCUAGUGACCUGGACAGCCAUAAUGGAGUCCUUACCUGCUCUGGCAUAGCAUCCUCUGCAUCCUGUUUCCCUAACAAUCCUCCCCAAACACAACUGCCAAGUGAAUCCCGCAGAGCUGUAAUUAGCAUUGAUGGAAUGACCUGCAAUUCUUGUGUGAAAUCUAUUGAAAGCUCUGUGUCACAAAGGAAGGGGGUUGUGCAUAUAUCUGUGUCUUUAGCUGAAGGGACUGGAAUUAUAGCCUACAAUGCGAUGAUCACGAACUCUGAAGAAUUGAGAGCCGCUAUAGAAGACAUGGGAUUUGAUGCAUCUGUCCUAACAGAUACUGCCGCUGGAAGGCCUAUGGAUGGAGGUGUCGAGCCCAGCGUAUUGGCCUGUUCUCCUCUGAGAACUGAAGUUGUUUCAGCAUUGCCGCAUAAAGAAGUUACGUCAUGGAGAAAGAAUUUGUAUCAUGAUCCUCCAAAGCCCUCCAAUGCAGGAUCAACUGAACGAUGCUUUAUGGAAAUUACAGGCAUGACAUGUGCAUCGUGUGUGUCAAACAUUGAGAAGAAUCUGCAAAAAGAAGAUGGAAUCAUUUCUGUGCUUGUUGCCUUGAUGGCAGGGAAAGCUGAGGUAAAAUAUAAGCCAGACAUAAUUCAGCCUCUUGAAAUAGCCCAGCUGAUUGAGAAUUUGGGUUUUAAAGCUUCAGUCAUAAAAGAUUACCCUGGUGCAGAUGGGAAAAUAGAUCUUAAGGUCACAGGGAUGACGUGUGCUUCCUGUGUUCAUAACAUUGAAUCUAAGCUUACCAAAACACCUGGUAUUCUUUAUGCAUCUGUUGUGCUGGCUACUUCCAAAGCUCAUGUCCGCUUUGACCCUGAAGUUGUUGGUCCUCGAGAUAUUAUAAAAAUAAUUGAGGGAAUUGGUUUUCAAGCAUCUCUGGCUAAGAGAGAUCCCAAGGAUCACAACUUGGAUCACAAACAGGAGAUACGACAAUGGAAGAAAUCAUUCUUAUGCAGCCUGGUAUUCGGUAUCCCUGUUUUGAUCUUAAUGAUUUACAUGUUAAUACCUGGUGGUCAGGAUCAUGGAUCAAUGGCACUGGAGCAAAAUCUAGUUCCUGGAUUAUCUAUUCUAAACCUUCUCUUCUUUGUACUUUGCACUUUAGUUCAGUUUCUCGGUGGAUGGUACUUCUACGUCCAAGCCUACAAGUCAUUGAAGCACAAGAUGGCCAAUAUGGAUGUCCUCAUAGUGCUGGCCACCACUAUAGCUUACAUCUACUCAUGCGCCAUUUUAAUGGUUGCCAUAGCAGAAAAGGCAGAACAAAGCCCCAUCACCUUCUUUGACACGCCUCCAAUGCUGUUUGUGUUCAUAGCUCUUGGACGGUGGCUAGAACACAUUGCAAAGAGUAAAACAUCAGAGGCCCUUGCCAAAUUAAUAUCUCUCCAAGCUACGGAAGCUGUUGUAGUGACACUUGGACCUGACAACUGCAUCAUCAGGGAGGAACCAGUGCCUGUUGAAUUGGUCCAGCGAGGAGAUAUUGUCAAGGUGGUGCCCGGUGGGAAGUUUCCAGUUGAUGGGAAAGUCAUGGAAGGCUGCUCUAUGGCAGACGAAUCCCUCAUCACUGGAGAAGCCAUGCCCGUUGCUAAGAAACCUGGCAGCACAGUCAUUGCAGGCUCUCUCAAUGCACACGGCUCAGUGCUUGUAAAUGCAACUCACGUUGGCUCCGAUACCACCCUGGCACAAAUUGUGAAACUAGUGGAAGAAGCUCAGAUGUCCAAGGCACCCAUCCAGCAGCUGGCUGACAAAUUUAGUGGAUAUUUUGUUCCAUUUAUCAUCAUCAUGUCAACUGCAACUCUGGCAGCAUGGAUUGUAAUUGGAUUUAUACAUUUUGAUAUUGUGCUGAAAUACUUUCCGCAUCACAGUAAACACAUCUCAAAAGCAGAAGUUAUUGUACGAUUUGCCUUCCAGACCUCCAUCACAGUCCUGUGCAUUGCAUGCCCAUGUUCCUUGGGUCUGGCAACCCCAACAGCUGUGAUGGUGGGCACUGGAGUCGCUGCACAGAAUGGCAUUCUCAUCAAAGGUGGGAAACCCCUGGAAAUGGCACACAAGGUAAAGACAGUGAUGUUUGAUAAAACGGGGACCAUUACCUACGGUGUCCCUAGAGUCCUGAGAGUGCUCUUGCUAGGAGAGGCCGCAGCUGCACUCUCUCUGAAGAAGGUCCUUGCUGUUGUGGGCACUGCAGAAGCCAGCAGUGAGCAUCCUUUAGGAAUGGCUGUCACUCGUUAUUGCAAAGAGGAGCUUGGCACAGAGAUCUUGGGGUACUGCAAAGAUUUCCAGGCAGUUCCUGGCUGUGGAAUAAGCUGCCGUGUCAGCAGUAUUGAAGCUGUACUGAGUGAGACAGAGCAGCAUUUGAACAAUCCCAACCUUCAGCCCUGUGAUAUUGACAGAGGUGCCACAGAACAGAAUUCACAGCCUGGGGUCUCCAAACUGGGAGAUGCAGAAGUUCCUCAGACUUACUCAGUGCUGAUUGGGAACCGGGAAUGGAUGAGACGGAAUGGCUUGCAUAUCUCCAGUGAUGUUAAUGAUGCCAUGACUGGCCAUGAAAUGAAAGGACACACAGCUAUCCUGGUGGCUAUCGAUGGGGUACUUUGUGGCAUGAUAGCAAUAGCAGACACAGUCAAACCAGAGGCGGCUCUAGCUAUGCACAUACUGCAAAAUUUGGGAGUGGACGUGGUGCUUAUUACAGGAGACAACAGAAAAACAGCCAAAGCAAUUGCAACUCAGGUUGGUAUCAAAAAAGUGUUUGCUGAGGUUCUCCCAUCUCACAAAGUAGCCAAGGUCCAGGAACUUCAAACAGUGGGGAAAAGUGUUGCCAUGGUCGGAGAUGGGGUCAAUGACUCGCCUGCACUGGCAAAAGCGGAUGUUGGCAUUGCUAUAGGAACAGGCACUGAUGUUGCCAUUGAAGCAGCAGAUAUUGUUCUUAUUCGUAAUGACUUGCUGGAUGUGGUCGCAAGUAUCCAUCUAUCCAAGAGGACAGUAAAAAGAAUACGAAUAAAUCUAAUCUUGGCCUUAAUAUACAAUCUCCUUGGUAUACCCAUAGCAGCAGGAGUAUUUAUGCCUAUUGGAAUUGUGCUCCAGCCAUGGAUGGGAUCAGCAGCAAUGGCAGCAUCUUCAGUAUCCGUGUUGCUCUCUUCCCUGCAGCUUAAAUGCUAUAAGAAACCAGAUAGGGAAAGAUUUGAAGCACAAGCUCAAGGGUGCAUGAAGCCACUGACUCCUUCACAAGUCAGUGUCCAUAUUGGAAUGGAUGACAGAAGACGCGACUCACCCAGAUCAGGUGGAUGGGAUGAGAGCAGCCAAGUAUCUCUCUCUUCCUUGACCUCAGACAGACUGCCAAGGCACACAGGGGAUGAAGCAGACAAAUGGUCACUCCUCAUGGACAAUCAAGAUGAAGACCAAUACAUCUAAUAAUGUCCUACAGCAGCUGAACUACAAGGAUUGGAGAUGGCCUGGCAUAAAAGUGAACAGAGGGGCAUAGGGCGGUUUCCCACACUUCUAAUCUGUGUACCAAAGGCUACCCAAGAAUGUUUUACACAAGUUUGUACACCACUUAGAAACUCAUGUAUGGGGUGGUAUAAAGAUGUAAUAAAGAAAUAAAAUAAUUUUAGCCAUCA